GCUGGUUCGCUGCAUCAAGACGGACAUGUUUCUCCGACGCACCGUUUCGUGGCCGCAACGUUUGAAAUGGUAACUCAUGUUUACAUAUAUUUCCCGUAAUCAGCCGAUAAUAUGAAAAACACAAAUAAGACUAAGAAUGUUUAAUAAUAUAAGGUGGUUUGACGACGAUAAGUGUGUGAAUAUUCGCUUUAACUUCUUUCUAAAAGCUUUAUAUUCGCAGUCAGGGUAUCAGGCCAAGCUAAACUCGGUACCAAAGAAUGAAUGAAGUAAUAUAGUUCAAUGACAAUGAUGUUUCCUCCCUUAUUUGUCAUUUCUAUAGGCUGUAACUCUUCACUCAGAAUUGGGAGAUAUUAAAAUUGAGUUGUUUUGUGAACGGACUCCAAAAGCCUGUGAGGUGAGUUUAGGAGAAUAAUUAUUACCAUCAGUUAUAGUCGGUCCCGUUUCUCCACUACUCUCAGCAGAAAUAUUUAACUUUUGUACAUUUUUAUCUGUCCAUAUGCAGAACUUUCUCGCUCUGUGUGCCAGUGGCUUCUACAAUGGUUGUGUUUUCCUCAGAAACAUUAAAGGUUUCAUUGUACAAACUGGAGAUCCUACUGGUGAGUUAUUAAAGUUUCGGUACCUGCUGUGUCUGUCCUGAAGUAUCAGAUUUACUGUGCUCACUCUCCGUUCCUCUGUUUCAGGUACAGGCAAAGGAGGGACGAGUAUUUGGGGUCGCAAAUUUGAAGAUGAGUUCAGUGAACACUUGAAAGUUAGUACCUGCAGAAUCUGGCCUGUUUAUUUAAUCACUUUCACAAAUGUCAUUGACGUCAUCUCUAAUUUCACCUUCUUCUCCCUGCAGCAUAACGUCAGAGGAGUAGUUUCAAUGGCAAACAACGGCCCCAACACAAACGGCUCCCAGUUUUUCUUCACAUAUGGCAAACAGCCUCAUCUGGACAUGAAGUACACUGUGUUUGGAAAGUAUGCAACCUUUGUGUCCUCAAAUGGGAACUUUUUAGAUAGAAGCUGUUCUGGGGGGUGUAACAAAGGAUACUCUGCUGUUUAAUGGAUUUGUGAUUGCUGCUGACAUUUAAAUCUGUUUGAUAUUUAGGAUUAUUGAUGGCCUGGAAACUUUGGAUGAGCUGGAGAAACUCCCCGUCAAUGAAAAGACCUUCAGACCGCUGACUGAAACCAGGAUAAAAGACGUGACGAUUCAUGCCAACCCCUUUGCUGGAUAAACAGCUCCCCCUACACAAACGCAGAGAAGGGUUUGACACAUGCUGUUGUGGAUAUCUCCAACAUCUCAAUGCUUACGGUGUGGAAAAACCAGUGGAAAUUUUGAACAGUGUAACCAACAGAAUGCUGACCAUGAAACUAUAAAACACAGAGUCAUCUUUAGAGUUAUACUCCUCCAUCAGCUUAUUAUGACAGAUUGUGUAACUGUCAUCGUCCAUAAAACAGUGUGAGAUUAUGAAUCAUGGAGAAAAACACCAGUAUGCUCUCUGCAGCAUGAUUAUUAAUUUCAACAAAAGGCUUACAUUUGAUUUUCACUUCCCUUGAUUUGAUGAAUACUUUGUGAACAAGUUAUUUUCUUUUUACUGUUUAUACAUUCACUAUUUAGUAAAAAGAAAAACUUUUCUGGCUAUGAUUUUCUCUGUGUAAAAAUGUGAAACUAAUUCUGAUGUUCUUCAGAAAAGUUUGUGUAAAUACUAUCAGUGGGGUUUUUUUUUGUUUGUUUGUUUGUUUUUUACUAAAUAAAACUUUUAAUAAAAUUGUA